AUGAAUGGUCGCGGCAAAGGCGGUGAGAUUUGGGUCAAGGCGAAGACCAGGCCGUCACAUGUAGAUUACCAAUUCCCCGUUGGCCGUGUACAUCGUCUGCUGCGUAAGGGCAACUAUGUUGAACGCGUUGACGUUGGCACCCCAGUGUACUUGGCUGCAGUCAAGGGCAACUAUGUUGAACGCGUUGGCGUUGGGACCUCAGUGUACUUGGCUGCAGUUCUGGAAUACCUUGCUGUUGAGUUUUUGGAAUUGGUGGGCUCGUGA